AUGGGUCGCUCUCGAGUUUUCUCUUUCAUAUCGACCUUCGGGCCUGGCCGACAUCAUCUCCAUGGCCGUGACAAUCAAGACCAGAGUCCCGCGGCUUCGACAGCUGCCAUUCUAUCGAAACCACAGGUAGAGCCCAAAGUCGACAACCCGUCCCCAGAUCAGUAUGCGUCAGCGACUACGCGGGAAGUGUCCACGGCUUCGGCCGCGACGACGAUGAGACCAGAGCGCUUCACUCUACGUCCUGCGUCGAUGGCCUUUUCCCUGCAUCCCCCAUUGAUGGAUGUCACGGAAGACACGUUACCCGAAUUGUUUCCUAUCUUUACCUUUCUGAAUAGUCAUUCGAAUAAGCUGUACCAGGAAGGGUACUUUUUGAAGCUGAAUGACUUGGAUUCGCAUGGACGGCCGUGCCCCGAUCGACAAUGGGUCGAAUACUUUGCACAGCUGAUCGGAACGGUCCUCUCCUUGUGGGAUGCGUCUGCGCUGGACGCAGCCGGUCACGAUGGAGAAGUUGCGCCGACGUUCAUUAACCUAGCAGACGCCUCGAUCAAGAUGAUCGAUCAGCUGCCCACGCGAAACCCAGGAAUUCAGCCGUUGCAGAACGUGCUCAGCGUAUCGACCGCGGGCAAGAACCGAUAUCUACUGCACUUCAACUCCUUCCAUUCCAUGACGCAGUGGACGGCUGGUAUCCGUCUGGCGAUGUUUGAACAUGCUUCUCUGCAGGAGGCCUACACCGGCUCGAUUAUUGCGGGCAAGGGCAAGAUGCUCAACAACAUUCGAUCCAUCAUGGAGCGCACUCGAUUCAAGCAAGAAGACUGGGUUAGAGUGAGAUUCGGCGCGGGAACGCCCUGGAGACGCUGCUGGUGUGUCAUCAACCCGCCCGACGAGAAGCAGUACCAGAAGCUGCAGAAGACGAUGAAGAAAAAAUCGGCCUAUGACAGGCCUCCUCCCAUGCCCACUGGAAACAUCGAGUUCUAUGAAACCAAGAAGACGAAGAAGACGAAGCCCAUUGCUACAAUCACGGGUGCAUUCGCAGCCUACGCCAUCUACCCCCAGUCGAAGCCGUUAAUCGACCAAUCCACUUUGGUCAAGGUCGAAGGGCAGAUCGUCAUUCAUUCACAACCGGAGUCGACGACGGAGGGCUUCGUAUUUAUCAUGCCAGAGGUGCACCCGGCCGUGUCUGGCUUCGAAAUGAUGCUGCGAUUCCUCUUCCCCAUUUUCGACACCUUCUCUCUCUACGGUCGGCCGACGCGUCUUCUGGCGGAUACAAACAACGCAAAGAGCAUCAUGUUUGCCUUCCCAAAGCACAAGCGAUAUGGCUAUCUAGAUAUUCUGGAUGUUGCCAGUUUGAUCCAGCAGGAGGGUAGCCGGAACUGGAGCGAAGGAGAAUGGAGGAAGCAACUGAAAGACGCCACUGCUCGCCGGAUGGCCACUCAGGGAAGCCGGACUGAUAGUAUCAGAACGCGCCGUCAGAGGGCGAGUCUACCCUCGCGGAAUAGUACAUUGCGGUAUCGCGACUCGAAGCGGUCUGUGACUACCCCUGCAGUACAUCUCGAGUUCAAUCAAUCUGCAGAUGCCGUGUACGAGGCUUCGCCAAAGGCCGAAACGGUUUAUUCAACACCCACCCACACACGUGCCGCUUCAGAUACCACUGGAUUUGCUAUGGGUCGUCAACGCGAAUCGUACAUGCCUACUCCUUUGGAGAAACCUCACCCGGAGUCUUUGGAGAGCGAAGAACGGCCUAGCACAAAGGAAUCCAGCGAACACACUAGUUCCGACAGUGAGACGAAGGAGUUGCAGGCCACCCAUGCGGAAACUGUGGUACAGCAUCUUCGACCAAGCUCACCUCCGUCCCCGGUGGUCAGCCCGCCGGCCUUUGCACACAGCCCUGGAGAGGUUCCUCAGACUAGACCAUUACCUUCACCGGAUCUCAGGAAGGCCAAAGUCCGGAUGUCGGACGCCACCCUUUCGCAACUUGUUGAGGCAGGAAACUUGAGAGGAUUGGCCAGCGCCACGGAACGCAAGGAUCCCGGAGCCGGAGGGAUAGACCAGCGAGAAGUAAUACAUGAUGAUACCAGCAUGUUUCGUGCCACUGCUAACGCGAACGUCUUCCCCCAAAGGACUCCAGGGAAUAAGACUGCGACCCCGGAUGAGCGCCCCCCGUCCGUGCCCGUUCAUGGUUCCUAUGAUCUCAACGCCAGAGUUCAGGAUGUUGCACACUCCUCCCCUCAGCGCUAUUCGCAUCUCCCCCAGAUCGAUACUACCAAAGCUAUCACACGGAAACCUGUGCCCCAGCGACGACCGGAGCCGCCAGCUGAUAGCCCCAGCGAGGCCAGUCUAGGAAGUUUCCGGCACGCUUUUGAUGAGGAGGCUCUUAAUCGUAUCGUUGCCCGCCAGACAUCAUUCUCUACAGAUCGAGACUGUCGGCCAGAUGAGGAGAGUGUCUAUGAUGACGACGACGCCUCGACUGUUUCUCCUGAUUAUGCAAGCACUCGCAAGUCCAUAGACAGCAAAAAUUCUCAGCAGUCAAUCCCGAGACCAAGGAUGGGCGUGUUGAAGACCGUCGGGGUUGAUCCUGAACCGGAAGAACUAGUUAUCGGUGAUGCUAAGUACAGGCGUGACGCUCCACCAACGCCGAAAGCAGAGAUCCCAGCGGUCGAUUUCGGACCGACAUUGUCCUACGUUCCGACCACCAAGAGCCCUCGUGCACCGGAUGCUUUAGGCGAAUUUGGACAUCAUCGAAAAGGUUCUGAUGCUACUGUCGGUCGCAAUGAGAUUCUGGCCGGAGUCAGGGAGAGCCCAGGAAUGGCGAGGCAGGACCGUCCUCAUUCCAGAUCUCCUAGCGGAGAUGAGCUUCGUCGCAACGUCUAUUGGCAGCCAGGCAUGGCUUCUGCUCGCCCUUCCACCCCCGGUCAAACUUUGACACCGGAGCAAUUCGUUCAACAGCGGGCCGUCAUAAACAGGAAGCCAUCCCCGGCCUACGCCCAUCAGCGCAGCUCUUCAAUGACACCACCACCCAGACCAUCCUCGGCUGAUUGGAAUGCUCAUACGCGUCGUCCUUCAUACAUUAAAGAGUUGCCAGUUCGCCCUCAGUCUCGCGGUGCCGGUAGCACGCUUGGUUACAAUGAUAUCACUUCACAUCUGUCUGCCAGAGAACAGGAACAUAUUGCUCGAAUUACUGGAUCGUCGUUCUUUAACAUCUCAUCGAAUAACAGUAGGCAGCAAGCUCCCAUGAAUCCGGCUACUCUUGUGGGUGCAAUCGAUGUCCGCGAGCGAGAAAGGCAGAGUAUGAGGGAGGGAAUGAGCAAUCAGAUGGUUGAAUAUGCUAUCGCUCAACGUCAGCAACAAGAACAGGCACAAAUGUACGCUAUGCAGCAGCAGCAUGCUCGUGGCCAUAGCAUGUACAAUCUUCCGACGGCAAACCGCACGUGGGAUGCUCUCACUCAGAUAGACCAAACGUAUUCGAUGAACGGGCGUGGUCGACAAUCUUGGGCGGGGCAGUUUCAGCCUCAGCAGUCAACGCCUCCUAUGUCUCAACCGAAUCAGUAUUUCCAACAAUAUCCUGGCACCUAUAGCGAUGCUGGGGUGCAAUUCUCGCAUAAUCGCUGA